AUGGAUCAAAUGUUUGAAAACGCAAAAGUUGUUCGGCUGAAAGAACACAACAAAGGGAAGUAUCUGGUGGCGAAUAACGACGAGAAGACGUUGAAGCAGCGCAGCGAUGGUUCCACAAGAAACGCCCUUUGGACGGUGGAAGCGGUGGAGGGGCAACGGUACCUGCGGCUGAGGAGCUGCCACGGGAAAUACCUGACGGCAUCAAACAUGCCGUUAAUCCCCCGGGGGAGUUGCCAGAGGGUGGUGGCUAGUUUGCCGGACAGAUUGACCUCCGCCACGGAGUGGGAGAUUGAAGGGGAAGGAAUCGUGCGGCUCAAGACUCGGUACGGCCAAUUCCUUAGGCAGAACGGCGGGAUUAUGCCGUGGAGGAACACGCUGGUGCACAACAACCGCGUCAACAGAUCCUCGCUCUGGGAAAUCGAGGUCAUCAAUGAGACCGCCGCCUGCGAGGCCGCGGUUAACAACUGCCAACUUGCUGUCCCUGAUUCCACCAUCACCAAAUCGCAAGCUCUCGCUCCCAUCAAAUUUCCCAAUCUCGCUAGUUUAAAGCUUAAACAACGUUCCAGACAAGAUAGAUGA